UAGAUAAAAAGCAUAAUUUCUCAAACAGAAACAGAUGAAAAAAUAAGAAUAUAAUAAUGUUGAGACCGUGGGAGAUAUAUCAGUCAAUAGUUAGCAGUUCGAAAGAAAUCUAGCUUAUUAUUAUUUUUCUGAAUUGAAAUUCAAUUUGUUUCUUUUUUAAAAAUCUUAGGACCAAGAUUAGAACGCUUUUUGUUAUGAAAGUAAAGAACUAGAUACAAAAAAAAAUAUAGAUUGUGCUCAAGAAUUAUGAUGAUUUUAAUUAAUUGAAUUUGAAUUUAUUUUGGCAUGCCCUAUGGAACUACAUGAGAACCUUAAUGCACCAUACAAAUUGUUUGCAUUGUCUAAAAUAUAUUAAGUUGCGAAUUGGACAAAAACUGAUCAUGUAGCUCCUUAUGUAUUAUAUAUAAAGAAUUUUGUAGCUAAACUUCCACAUUCUUUUGGGAAACCUUGAAGGCACUAUUAUGUGUUCUUGAUGAAGUUUAAGAAGAAAGAUUUCUAUAUUUGUUUAUUUUCUUUCUACUGCCUCAUUCCUUUUCGAAGAACUUCCCACAUAUUGGACAAAGUUUCCAUCUCAUCUUCUAUAUUUUUUCAAAAUAAAAUUCUAUUUCCGAGUUCAUAUAAAAGCACAUUUCUCAGAGUAGGUAUACAUAAAAAUACUUAAGACGAAAAUGGUCCAGUAAAUUCACGUUAAGAAUCCAUUCUUCCACAACGGAAAUCGAAGAGUUUAUAGAAAGGAAAACUAGGUUAAGAGAUGUGCAUCCCUACAUUUAUACAAUUUUGGCAGAGAAAACUCCAACAAAUCACCUUGUGAAUGUGUUUGACAAACACGAUGAGGAAAAUCAUGUAGAACAUGAGGAUGUCGCGCACCUUCCAUUUCGAGGAGCACUUUGGGGUGCUGUGGGAAGGAAUUUAUGGGUUGAAACUUCCUUUCCGUGGCGUUCAAUCCACACACCAAGCCCAUCUUGCCCCAAACACUCAAGUGAUACGUUAAGAGGGCUUUCCGUGUGAUUUUAUACAACACGCAAAAGGGUGACAUAGAAAAAGGAUAUGAAGACAAACGAGAGUGAUUUAUCGAUUGCCUUUAAUUUUUUUCCGCAUUUUUUGAGUCCUUUUGCCUAUAUUCAUUGAGAAGGAAAAAAACUUGUUUGUUUUUGGUGAUUCAAUCUUCAAAAAUUUUAAUUCCAUUUCCCAUAAAAUACAUGCUUAAUAUUAUUUAUGAAGAUUUACGGGAGAAAUGAAAAAUAUUUCUCAGAAAGAGAUUUGUUAUUUAGAAAAAUAUUGUAGGUACUCUCAGAUCCAGAGAUCUUCCUAGCUUCUCUACCGGUGUUGUGAGAGAAGAGAAAUUUUCACGGUAACAGUUACUGGAAAACGAACUAAAAAGAAUUUAGAAUUUUUCUUUCUAGUUUGAAGACAUUCUAACUAAUUAACAAUCGGCAGAAAAUUUAAAAUAAAUUCUAAAUAAUCGACAUAAUAUAUUUUAUUGAUUAGAAAAUUGGAAAAUAAUCCUUUUAGUGCUUUUGAAAUGUAAUAUAAAGGUCAAUGUAUAAAUUAACAAAUUAAUUCAAGUAGAUUUUGAAAGGAAUAUUAAGAUUAUGCGAGGUGUUGGGAAAGAAUUUCAAAAAUUUUGUGAUAAUGAGAUGAAUUAUUCAGAAUUUCCAUAAGGAAACAACGUUCUAACAUGAUAUUCACGAGAUUUCAAAUAAAAUUCAAAGUGAUAAAUUACAUAAGACCCACAUUUAUAUGUCAGUGAGAGAGAGUUUCAUGUCCUAACAUUAUGCAAUUUCCCUCAAAAUGUGUGCAUUUUGGGGAUGAUAGGGGCAUAUUCUGGUGUGUUAGCAAUGGGUGGAGCUUUUAACCAAAAUUAUUCAUAGAUAUAUCCGUGUUGGUGAAUGCCUCGUCAGGAAUUUCCUCAUUUCGCAUAUAGAAAUUUCUCUGUAUUACUUUGGAGCAUAUAGGAUGAUUUAUGUGCCAUAGGGUCAUGCGUGUGCUUAGCCAAGAAAGUUGGAAAUCAAUUGAGAUAACUUCAAAGAUUAGUUAUUCUGGAAUUUUUCGCUUCAUUUUUCGACCUAGAGACAAAACUGCCUAUAUAUAGAAUAAUUAUUCAUGAAGAAAGCUCUCAUUGAUUUUUUUUUGGAGAUUUCAUUUUUUGUGCCUUGAGGAUUAUUUAUUGGGAAUUUCCUACCACAAGAUUCAUUUUCACUUCAAAUCCAUUUUCACCACUCUCCGAUAUUGCCACAUAUUUCUUUCAUUCACCAUGUAAAUUAGCGCGUUCUGUGUAUUCCUCACAGAAGCAUGUGAUGUUGUUAGUCAAUGCCAAUGACAUUCUUGUGUUCCAAAGACAAGAGGGAAUUUAUUGUAUUUACUGCCGUAAUUAUUCUCGCUGUACUAUCAUUUUGCAAUGUGAAUGUCUUCAUUUAAAUUAUUUUAUUAGAAAGGAAAUAAAUUCAAUAAUUUUCAUUAGAUCGUGUGUGGAGCCCAAUACCUUCACAAUUAAAUCUAUUAUUCGAAUCAAAAAUAUUUUUAGAAAAUCAAAUCAAUCCGAAACUAUUUCGUCUAGCUUGAAACUUUUCCUGUAAGAAUGAGAAAUAUUCGAACCAACGUAAAAAUUACAGAAGAAAAAAAAUAAACAAAAUAAGCAAAAAAAUCCACCUGUCUUGUUAAAUGCCAUAUGUCACUGUUUCACAUACAAAAAAAAUUGUAGAAGUGCUUGUGAGCACGAGAGGCAGCUGGAAAAAAUAGAACAUUUCUGAAAAUCAAUUACAAAUGUUAAUUAAUACAGAAGUCCACUUUAAUUAAUUCACCAUCCAAUUGUUCGUCUUUUCACCCCCCUGGAUAUUAUAUUACUUCCCUCUCCGUGUGUGUUAUGCUCAUUUUUCUUUUAUGCGCGAAGAAAUGUGGGGGAAAAUGCCAUUCAAGUGUUGUAUUUUAUGUGCUCUCCAAUAGUGUUUAUAUCUAUUUUAAAUUACCAAUAAAAAUCACAAUAAACGGAAUAAUGUACAGAGGUAGAAUAUAUAUAAUUUAGAAAUUCUAUAGAGUCAGAACGGAGUGAUACUGAGAAAAAUAAAAAAGUUAUUAAGUAGAUAAAUAGAAUAAAAGUGCGGUAAAAAGAUCCCUUGAGCAGAGAAAAUUGAGAAAGCAAAAUAUUCAACUAGAAGAGUAGACUAAAUAGACGAAAACUCACAUCCAGAUAAUAAAGCCUUCAUUUUCGAGUAAAGACCCGUCAAUUCAUGUGAAGCGACCAUAUAGUAUGGAAAACCAUCAACAACUACUGUGUCGUACUUUUGGCUAUGCUCUGAGAUUGCAAUUGCAAUCAGCAAAGUUUCACGUGUGCAAUGAUGAUGAGUGCAUCCUACUUCGUGUUACGCCGUCACGAAUUCAUUUCUGAAGACAUCACAAUAAAUGACCUGACGUAGAGACAGCCGCACCCUAUACCUCAAGCUCCGGAAACCUGUGUCCACGUUGUCGAUUCCAGGCUCCAUGAAGACACCGUGUGCCGGAAAUCGGGAAACCGUUACGGCUGCAUGCAACGAAGAGGCCGGCAUCGCACUCGUCGGAGUUCAUUCCGAAUAUCCUAGGUACAUGGAGGAGCGAGGCCUAGGUGGCGGCUUAAUUAAAGGGUCUAGUGUGACUUCUGGUACGGGAACACAAAAGCACAAACCAAAUGUUGGAUAUCGUUUGGGACGCCGGAAAGCGCUCUUCGAGAAGCGAAAACGAAUUAGUGACUACGCUCUCGUGAUGGGCAUGUUUGGCAUAAUCGUGAUGGUGAUCGAAAAUGAAUUGAGUAGUGCUGGCAUAUACACAAAAGCGACGUUUUACUCAACAGCAUUAAAAACAUUAAUAUCCGUAUCGACUGUGAUCCUUCUUGGUCUUAUCGUAGCUUAUCAUGCUUUGGAAGUUCAGUUAUUUAUGAUUGAUAAUUGUGCGGACGACUGGCGAAUAGCGAUGACCUGGCAACGCAUGAGUCAAAUAGCAUUAGAAUUACUUAUAUGUGCGGUGCAUCCCAUUCCUGGCCAAUACUAUUUCCUGUGGACUACCAAGUUAGCCAAUAAAAACAAGGCAAUUGGCACAGAACUUGUGCCGUACGACGUAGCACUAUCAUUGCCAAUGUUCCUCCGUUUGUACCUGAUAUGUCGUGUUAUGCUGUUACAUUCAAAACUAUUUACGGACGCUUCGUCGCGUAGCAUAGGAGCAUUGAAUCGAAUUAAUUUUAAUACAAGGUUCGUUUUAAAAACUUUAAUGACAAUAUGUCCCGGAACCGUUCUACUUGUAUUUAUGGUUUCACUAUGGAUAAUAGCAUCGUGGACAUUGCGACAGUGUGAAAGAUUCCACGAUCCGGACAAUUUUGCGAAUUUGCUGAAUAGUAUGUGGUUGAUUGCGAUAACGUUCUUAAGUGUUGGAUUUGGUGAUAUUGUGCCUAAUACGUACUGUGGGCGAGGCAUCGCCGUCAGUACAGGAAUCAUGGGUGCCGGUUGUACAGCUCUUCUAGUUGCAGUUGUUUCAAGAAAGUUGGAAUUAACUAGAGCAGAAAAGCAUGUACACAAUUUUAUGAUGGAUACUCAACUCACGAAGAGGCUGAAAAAUGCUGCAGCGAAUGUUCUUCGUGAGACGUGGCUAAUUUACAAACACACAAGACUGGUUAAACGGGUAAAUCCUGGUCGAGUUAGAACACACCAACGGAAGUUUCUACUCGCUAUUUAUGCACUGCGAAAAGUAAAAAUGGACCAACGAAAAUUAAUGGACAACGCCAAUACAAUUACAGAUAUGGCAAAGACACAAAACACAGUGUACGAAAUUGUUUCGGACAUGUCAUCACGCCAAGAUGCCGUAGAAGAGAGACUGUCAAGUCUCGAAGAUAAAUUGCAGGGUCUACAGGAGCAAAUAGAAGCUCUACCAGAACUCCUAACACGGUGCCUGAGUCAACAUCAGGAGAGGGUGGACCAGAGGAGAAAUUUCCUCCAUCCGGAUGCAGCUGCCACGGCGUCUUCGUCCAAUUUGCCAACACCAGGACCACCUCUUGGAUCACCAUUCCCACAUUCGAGUUUCUCUUUUAGGAGUGUCCCAGCGGCACCAACAACGCCCGCAUAUCCGUGGCCAGCAAGCCCAAUUCUGCCACCAAUCUCCAGCAGGACACCCCACCUUGUGCCGGAGACUCUCGUACCGGUUACCACAUCAAAUAACCAGGAUGGUUUGAAUACCAGCCACCAGCACACGAGAAGUAGUAGCUGAAUGGAAGCCAGGUCUGAGCUACGGCAGUCGUCCUCGGACGCUUCGGACUCUUCCGGUCGCGACGCAUCAACAACCAAAUUUACAAAGCGACGCGAAAGGGCGGCUCGUGUGUGAAUUUUACGCACACAGAUACACCCUAUCCUCCAGAAAAACUUCGCGCAGGCUGAGUCCAGAUAACAAGAAAAAAAUUAUAUAUACAACAUAUAUAGGUAAAUAUAGGCUCUUCUCUGUUUUAAGUAAAUUAUCCUCUCCUGUGAUGCCUCCGAAAAAUGUUAACCAGUCACACAAACCAUCUGUAAAAGAGGUUUCAUCUUAGGACUUGUAUUUAGUGCAUUGUUAAACACAAAAUGUUUUAUCUCGUGAUUCAAAUGCAACGAGAUAACAGGCAGACACUACAUACAUUUUCUGAAAUAACAAGAGAGAAAAGCGAAUUACCCUGCCAGGUGAAUAGUUGGUUGGUACACACCUCACCUGUGCAAAAUAUACAUACAAUAGUUUAUAAAAUAUAUAAACAGACCUUUUGAAAUCGGAAAGCUUUCUUUUUAGACCCAAAUAGAUACGGGAUGGGUGGUAUAUAGAAUCUUUAUAUAAGCGUAUAUAGGAUAUUACAUAGGCCAACAUAUAUUUUGCAUCAAAUGCCAUCAUAGAGAUCAUCUAAACGUUCAAUUUUCAACUUCUUUUUCCUUUUUCUCCAUUUGAGAGUAUUAAAUGUUAAAUAUUUUCUUUUAGAAUUUAUUAUUUAUUUGUGGGAAGAUUCUGAACUUUCUUUAAGAAUUUUUCUCUACACGUGACUAGCUUAUUUUAUAUCAUUAUUAUUUUAAUUUUUUUUUCAGAAAAACCACAAUGAAUUCUUGUGGUUAAAUUUUGAUGUAAAACAUAACUUUUAAUAUGAUUUUUCCUGAAAUGUUUUUUUUCUACAAUAUUGUGUACAUAAAUACGGAAAAAACUUAAGAAAACUGCGUUUCACUACUAUUUUCAUGAAGAGAUUCUUUUACGUUACAAAUUUUCAUUUUAUGCAACAGUCAAGAUUGAAAAAAAAUCCUUAAAAUUCCAUAUUAAGCCAAAAUCGAUUAAAUUUGAAUGAUCAACUAUGGCAAAAUGUAAAAGCAAAAUUAACUUUCUCUCUCUCUCUCUUUCUCUCAGCUAACAAGCAAUUAUAAAUGGGAACGAAUGCAAUUUUAUUGAAUUUAUAAUUGUCAUUUAUUUGAUUCCCAUUAAAACCCUUUUGUUGUGUUCUGCUUCAAUCACCACCAAUUUUAAUGACUUUAUUGAUUAACUUGAAUACAAAAUGAAAAUAAUGAUGAAUAUUUAAUCAAACUUGCCAAAUUGUAUUAACUUUUUCCAACUGCACUCGCACCGCACAUGAAUAAAAUGAAUUUUAACGGUCGGUUUAUUUAUUUUGUGUAUCCAAGUGAAAUGUGGCGACAGAUUACCUGUAUAUAUGAAUAUUUAAUUAACCAAAUUGAUUUAUAUAAUACUGCAAACUAUUAAGUUUGCUUUUUCGGCAAAAAAAGCUCUUUUAAAGUUCCCUAAUUUUCCACAGAAUGCUCAAGAAAUUUAUUCAGGAAAAACAUUAAAUUUCGCAACAUUUGAGAAUGCAUUAGGGAUGAUUUUGUAAUUAAUCUUACAAUAGAAAGAUCUUCUGACUGGGGUGGGGGUGGGAUUUAAAGCCACAGCAAUGCCAUUUUAAUUACCACGUUGUUUCUUCAUUGGACGUACACCUGAGAGACGUCUUUUCCCAUUGCAUUGGAUUGUGCUGGAAAUCUAAAUGAGAGACAAGAAGAGACAGUUAUGUACGUAGAAAAGCAUUUUCUUAAAUACAUAGAAGGAUUCUUUGGAGAUUUAGGAGUCAGUGACGUAGCCAGGAGGGUGUUUGGGUGUCUGCUGAACACAAUCAUGAAGUGAAAUUAAUACAAAAAUAUUUUGAAAGUGCAUUAAAAGUGAGUGACAACGGGGGAUAAAUUAAAAUGCCAAAUAUGCGAAUAAAAGGGGAGGUGACGCUAUAUAAUCUUGCCUGUCUCUUUAUAAAAUUGCAAAGAAUUUUCUAAAAGGAGAGAGAGAGAGAGAGAGAGAGAGAACUUUAAAACAAUGUGGAAACUUUAACGUUAAUUUUCUUCAAAGGAAAAUUCUUUUUUUUUCUCUAUCAUUUACAAAGUAUUUUGAGAAAAUUCAAAUAAAUUAAAAAUCAACUUAGAAUUUAGAACUUUACAAAAAUAAAAUAAAAUAUAAAAAUGAAAUGCAAAAAAAACUAUUAAGCAGUCGUCAAAUGCUGUGAAAUUUAGUAUUUAAAAAUCUGCAAAAAUAAUAAAAACCAAAAGAAUUCGAUUUAAAAAAAAGUUAAAGUAUUUUUCCGAAUUUUCUUUUAAACAACAAAUCUUAAUCUAAUUUGAAUAUUUUUUAAGAAUAAAAAGAAUCUUUUUAAUUAAAGGCAAUUCUGGGUUUAUAAAAUACACAAAAUAAUUUUUACUGACGCACAAAAAAAGCAGAAGAACUAAAAAGAAAAAAAAAACUUCACAACUGAAUGAAAAUGAACAACUCAAGUCUACAAACUGGGCCAUAAAAAAAACUCUUAAACAUACGAACAGUAAGAUAAAUCCUCAAAAUAGACGGUUUCCGUAUUAAACUUUAAAAACAGAAAGAAAACCAUAAGAAGAUAAAUUUCAUAGAUAAAAAAUUAAUUUAUUCUGGCAAAAAAAAAAAUCUGGAAAAUCAAAAUUAAAGAAUGAAAAAACGAAUCUCCUUAAUCACUCGUAGAGACAGAAAGAUUUUCCAAACAAACACUUUGCGAGCCAACACACACGUUCUAAUAAGAAGACUUGAAUGGGUCUCGGGGUAGACCAAUUAAGUAUCUGCAGCGACACUGUGCAACUCACUCAAGUGAUUUAUCAUCGUAAUGUGUUGGAUGAUGACACACUCAAUCCCAUUGAAUUUUGUCGUCGGGUUGAUCGAUUGCAUGCGAUAGUAGAGCCAGGAAAUUCUCAUGGUUUUCACAUAAAUUCGCCCCUCUUUUGGCUGCUUCCUGACCUCUGCACUUCAUUAGUGAGGGAGCACGCUACACGUGCCAUUUGCAUUUUUUUCUUAAAUUCUCUAUCAUCGAAAGAAAUAUAUUAUAGCAGUGUAAGAAGAAAGGAGUUUAUUCAUUUUUAAUCUCUCAUGACGUCAGUACACUAGAAAAAAUAAAGUCUCAUAGAAGAUCAGAAAAAAAACAAACUGAAAAGGAAAAGCCAAAAGACUUUUCAUUUGGGAUAGCAUAAAGAAGGAAACUUAAAAAAUCAUUUAAGGAUUAAGGAAAUAAAAAGAAAAGGUACGUAGCACAAGAAAAUUUAUUAUUUAACAUGUUUUUUUUUAACAUUAAUAAAUAAAUAUUUCUGAGAGAAAUAAAAAUAACAAACAAUAC